CCGGUCUAAUCAAUCCCGGUCUAACCAUAAGGAUUGGAUCGGACCGUUUCUUCUCGCUUUCUUGCCGAUCCCUCGCCUCGUUCCAUCCUCACUGUUUCCAUGUUUGGCUACCGGCGGCAACCUCCUUCACUCUUGACGACGCCUACGGGAGACAGCAGCGGGGAGGUGAAGCGGCACGGAGAUAUAUUACCAAUUUCUUCUGUCUCUUCUACGUCCUCUCGUGUUUCCAUCAUUGGCCUGAAUCGAGCGACUCCAUAGCCCGAUCUCCAACUGAGGCUCGUACUUGGUUUUGGAUCCAGUCGAUCGAUUUGGGAUGGAUCUGUGCACCGAUUUGAUGGAUUAGCGUUCCAUAUUCUAAAUCCAGUGUAUCAUACUGCCUUGUUUCAGCAAAAAAAAAAAAAAAUGUUUGACCUUGGUGUGGGACGUUACUGAAACCAACUAGGAGAUUGUGGCGCGGAGAUGGAGAAAGGUUUCUUCGACAUUCAAAUCCUUCUCAUCAUAGUGGCUGCAGCCUUUUUCUUCAUUCAGGUACAUGGUUUCACAGCAGAUUCUUCACUUGGACAAGGAAAUUUCCAGCAACCAGAGGAGAAUAUUUAUAUAGCUGUAUCCUAUGUGGACUCUUCUGGUAAGUUCCGAACUCAGAAGGUUGAUUCAAAGACCUUAUCGUCAUCCUGGGUCUGGGAGAGUUCAAUUGAUGGAAAUCUUAGCCAACAAAUUAUUGGACAGAUCCCAGAAAAGUUGACUGAACACCCUAUGAAUGUUACCGAAGAGAGUGUUCAUCCUCCAACUUACUAUAAUCAACCAUCCAAUCCUAUAGAUCCAAUCAAGCUUAGACGUCUGCGAUUGCGGGAAAAAAGGAAGGAACAACGAAUUGCAGAUCUUGUUCAUAUGAGCAAAGACACUGAAAUGCAGAUGCAAAAAGCAGCCAUCCGACGUACACAAGAGUUCAUCAACACAAGAAAGUCAUGGUAUAGCAUAUGGAGGAAAGAAUAUUUUAAUCCUCUCUCUGAUUCCACUCUUAAACUGAUGAGAGAUCAGAUUGUAAUGGCUAAGGUGUAUGCUAGUGUUGCUCGUUCCACUGGAAAACUCGACCUUUAUGAUUCUCUGAUUAGACGCAUCAAAGAAAGUCAACAUGCUACUCGAAAUGCAAAUUCAGAUUCUGAGCUACAGGAGAGUGCUCUUGAACAAGCAAAAGCUAUGGGCUAUGUCCUGUCCGAUGCAAAAGACAAGCUACACGAUGGUGCUGUUAUCACAAGAAAGUUGCGGACUAUGCUUCAAUCAUUAGAGGACACCAUAAACACAGUUAAGAAACACAGUACAUUUUUAGUUCAGCAUGCUGCAAAGACAAUGCCCAAACCGGUCCAUUGUCUAUCUUUACAACUUACAACUGAUUACUUCAUGAGCAACAAUAUUAACAAAGAAGUAUCAAAUGAGAAGCUUGAGGAUCCCUCGCUUUACCAUUAUGCUAUAUUCUCCGAUAAUGUUCUCGCUACCUCAGUUGUUGUCAACUCUACUGUUAUGAAUGCCAUAGAACCAGAGAAGCAUGUGUUUCACAUUGUCACAGACAAACUAAACUUUGCAGCCAUGAAGAUGUGGUUCAUUGCUCAUCCCCUGCCAGCGUCUGUCAAUGUGGAAAACAUCGAUGAAUUCAAGUGGCUUAAUUCCUCCUACUGCUCUGUUCUUCGCCAACUUGAAUCUGCCAGAAUCCAAGAGUACUACUUCAAAGCGACUCAUCCAUCAUCUCUUUCUGCUGGAAAUGAAAAUCUUAAAUACAGGAAUCCCAAGUAUUUGUCAAUGCUUAACCAUCUAAGAUUCUACAUGCCGGAGGUUUAUCCUAAACUCGACAAGUUGCUUUUCCUCGAUGAUGAUAUUGUGGUGCAAAAGGAUCUGACACCGCUCUGGUCCAUAGAUAUGAAAGGAAUGGUCAAUGGUGCAGUUGAGACAUGCAAAGAGAGCUUUCAUCGGUUUGAUACCUAUCUCAAUUUCUCGAACCCACUAAUAUCUCAUAAUUUUGAUCCUCAAGCAUGUGGGUGGGCCUUUGGGAUGAAUAUAUUCGACCUGAAGGAAUGGAAGAAGCGAAAUAUCACUGGAAUUUAUCAUUAUUGGCAGGAUUCGAAUGAGGACCGUAAACUGUGGAAGCUUGGGACACUGCCGCCGGGACUGAUUACUUUCUACAAUUUGACAUUACCAUUGGAUCGUAGUUGGCAUGUUUUAGGGCUUGGGUAUGAUCCAGCCAUAAACCCUUCAGACAUAGAGAAUGCUGCUGUUAUUCACUAUAAUGGCAAUUACAAGCCAUGGUUGGAUCUUGCCUUUACCAAGUACAAGAUGUAUUGGUCUAGGUAUGUUAAUGUUGACAACUCAUAUAUUAAAGAAUGCUAUGCUUACUGAUGAUGAGCAAUAUUAAUAGUUCGUCUUGCUUUCC